AUCAAAAUGAGGGUUGUCAUUGCUACUGGAGCGUGUGAAUUCAGCAUAGAGGUGGGUUACAAGGAAACCAUUCUGCAGUUAAAACAAAAGAUCGAACAACUCUUGGGCGUUCCAGUUGCUUCACAAACUCUUGCAGUAUGUGAGUGGGAGUUAAUGGAUGGACUUGACAUGGAAGAUUAUCCGAUUGUUGUUGAUGGCACAAGAAUCCAUCUUACGAUUGCACCGAUUGAAUACCCUGUGGAAACUUGUAGCAAAAUCCAAAUUACUGUCAUUAUGGCAGCAAAACGGAUAAAGAUAGAAGUUGAUAGAACAGAAACGGUGCGUAGCUUGAAGGAGAAAAUUCAUAUAGUGGAGGGCUGCGCGAUUAAAAGAAUGGCGCUUUACCUGGCAGGCGUAGAGAUGGAUGAAGACUUGCGCUGUUUACGCGAGUAUGGCAUCUCUAAUCAAUCAGAAGUAGUCGUGUUAAGUCGUCAGAUGAUAGAGCCUCCUGCAGGGAAAGAGUUGAUCAACUUGGUGGUGCAGACUUGUAGUUUGCUGAACUCUGCAACCAUCGCAUUGGAGAUGAAAGAGUCUUCCACUGUUAGGGAGUUGAGGAGACUACUGUUGGAUGGGAAAUUCCUCCCUGCAGAUGACUACUUCUUCAUCCACAAGCAAAGGAUCAUGCGAGAUGACUGCAGUCUCCGUUGGCAUGGUGUCGAAGAUGGGGAUUAUCUAUAUGUUUUCAAUGGUACUGUGAGUCGGAGUCAUUGA